AUGCUGGUUCGCAACGCCACCUUUGUCAAGUUUGCGGGCGCGGGCAACCUCGGGGCGGGCGGCAGCGGCGGCUGUGGCAAGCAGCUCCCCCGGGCUGGCGUGUCUGGGGAGGGUGGCUGGGAGAUGCGCUUCUCGGGCACAACGUGGGUGCGCUCCGGCUCGCGCGUGGCCUUCUCCGGCCUAAAGACGCCCUGUGGGUGCUCCUGCGCGGCGGCCGAGGAGUCGGGCAUGAUCUUGGUCGACCUGGACGGCUCUUUUAGUGGGCGGGUUGGCCACAGCGUGGUCCCGAAGAACUCGCUGCUCGAGAGCAAGGGCAUCUUCCCCGACUGCAUCGAAGACGGUGCGUACGGCGUGAGCGCCGAAGGUGCGGCAAAGGGCAUGAUCUGCCCGCUCGCAUUCGCGAGGGUUGUCGUCGCUAAAGUGGGCGAGCUGCCAUACGGGUCGGCCAAAUCGUUGAUCAAGCUCGUUGUCUCGUGGCACGGCGUUGAUGUGCCGCAGCAGCACCCGUCCUCACAUGACUUCGACACGGUGACACGCCCAACGGCAGCCGACCCGCCGGGGACCAACAUGUUUGUCGCAUGGGAGAACAAGCUGUAUUUUGUCGUCUGCGGCACCCGAGGCUCGACCGCCGGCGGGCUGACCAUCCGCACCCUUCCAGUGAUAAUGCUGGCAAUCCGGGUGAACGAGGAGGUUGGCGUCGACGAGUUCUUCGACCCGAAUACGCUCGUGCGCAACAUCGUGGCAUUGUUUGGGAUCCCGCCCAAUCGAGUGCGCAUCGCGUCGGUCGUGCCCGACUCGGGACGCCGCCGCCGGCUCGCGGGGCGAGGGCUGGGCGGCAGGGCGUUGGAGGAGUCGUUCUUUGGGUCGGAGGUGAAGCUGCAGAUCGAGCAGGCGGACCCCUGUGACGAGCUCACCUGCGGCCACGGCGAUUGCGCGCGCGGACCCGACGGCAGCGCCGCCUGCGCGUGCCACGACGGGUGGACGACCCCCGCCGGCUGUGGCGGCGGCGAUUGCACGUGCUCCGCCCAGACUUGCCACGAGGAUUGCCUCUUCUGCGACGGCCCGCUGGCGGCCAACUGCACUACGUGCGCGUCCGACAAGCCCUUCCGCAAGGAGGGGCGGUGCCUCGACAGCUGCGGCGUCGGCUGGUUCUCAAUGGCGCCGGCUGCCAAUACUACCGAUGGCACCUGUCAGCGCUGCCCAUCGGCGUGCGUGUCAUGUGACGUGAGCGGCUCCUGCACAGCAUGUCCUCUCACCCGCCCGAACCGCGUGCCUGACGCUGCCCUCAACGGUUCGAGGCUCACCUGCGUCUCGUCGUGUCCCGCGGCAACGUAUGCGGGCAGCGAGGGCCUCUGCGAGGACUGCCACGCCUCAUGCCUGGAGUGCACAGGCCCGGGCUCCUCCAUGUGCAUCGCGUGCGCCUCGCAUCCCUGUAAGAGCUCACCGCGUGGCUGCCCAGCCGGGAUCACGCCGCUUCUGGACCCGGCCGCCGAUGCCAGCGAGGCGGGAGCCGGCUCGUGCGUCUCGGCCUGCCCGGCGGGGAAGUUUCGCAACGGGACAGAGUGCGCGUCGUGCGACAGGAGGUGCUCCGUGUGCACUCAUCGCUGA